AGAACCCACCUGAACCGCAACGAGAGGCAGACGAGAAGCCAGGAAGCGUUGCUGCCCGGCGAGGCGCGCGCGGGGUCCCGGUCGAUUAUCGCCCGGCACCUGUCAGCACGCGCUGCGUCCCGUGGACAUCGACCCCUUCGCUCCCCUUCGCCCCUUCCAGCUUCCUCGCUCGAAGCCCACGCGCACAUGGGCGGCUGCAUGUCGGUGAAAUCCAAUGCUUGUUUCUCGAAGGCGGCGGAUCUGGAAACCCGCGCCCCAAAUGGCCAGGCUCGCUCACGGCCCGUCGCGCAAUCACCACAGUCCCUUCUGCGUCGUUCGCAUAG